CUACGGCUCGGUGACGGUAGAAGGCGAGCCCCGUUAGCUGUUUACCGUGAACGCCUCAGACUCGAGAGGAAGGGACUGCUGCUGCUCUGCCAAACAUGCACCCGACACAAGUUUGACUGGAUUGUCCAUUUUCCCAUCUACUUGUACUGCUUUUGACCUGCGCACCAUUGAAAGUGAUGAGUCCAAUGAUUGAACUGAACGGAAACCUGUCCAUCAGGCUCUGCAGCACAGUGUGUCUGACCUCCCAACACACGGACAAUAAUACAACAAAACAGACACCAUGAUCCGCUCGGAGGAGGAUAAUCGUGCACCCGCAGUAGACAUCAUGGACACCGAAAGGCACUCCGCUGAAAGGUGACCUCCAGACACUUCACCUCCCCAAAACAUUUGAAUAUGCCAGGACACAACGAUGAGCUCCAACAGCACAGACCCUGGUCUCUUCCUGACUGCAAUCACCUCACUACCAGCAGCCGGAGCUUUCCCACAAUCCAAUUCUCUCCAUCAAUUUCAUUUGAAUUCCAUGGAGGAUAAUUCAUCUAACACCAGCAAUCUCCUGAACCUCACCUCAGAAUCUAAGAACAUAACAGCACCCCUUGAUCACGUGGGUGGCCUUCCUUUGUGGCAGGUUAUCAUCAUUGUCUUGCUGACAGGCAUGCUGUCACUGAUCACCGUCAUCGGCAACGUCCUGGUGGUAGUAUCCUUCAAAGUUAAUCGCCAGCUUAAGACAGUCAAUAACUACUUCCUGCUGAGCUUGGCUGUGGCUGACCUCAUCAUAGGAGUCAUCUCCAUGAACCUUUACACAGCUUAUCUUGUAAUGGGCUACUGGGCCAUGGGCAAGUGGGCAUGCGACAUGUGGCUGGCUAUAGACUAUGUGGCUAGCAAUGCUUCAGUUAUGAACCUACUGGUCAUCAGCUUUGACCGCUACUUUUCAAUCACCAGGCCUUUGACCUACCGAGCCAAAAGGACCACAAAGCGAGCUGGGAUCAUGAUCGGCCUGGCCUGGUUUGUUUCUCUUGUUCUGUGGGCCCCAGCCAUCAUCCUAUGGCAGUUUUUUGAGGGUAAAAGGACAGUCCCCUCAGAUGAAUGCUACAUUCAGUUCCUCACAGAGCCCACUAUAACUUUCUGCACAGCCAUGGCUGCUUUCUACCUGCCUGUGACGAUAAUGAGUGUUCUCUACUGGCUAAUUUACCAGGAAACCCAGAACCGUUCGAAGGAGUUAGCUGGGUUGCAGGGUUCGGGAAGUCGUGGUGCGGCAGGAGGAAGAGGAGGGAGUGGUGGGGGCGAGAAAGCCCGUUUCGUCCAUCAGACAGGAAGUUCUAGAAGUUGCAGCAGCUACGAGCUAACUAGGUUGUCACGGAGAAGAAGCACAUGUCGGGAGUUGGUUGGCCGCUUCCACUGCUGGCCUGGGGUUCGCUCCUGGAGACCUGGUAGUAUCCGGCAAGGAGAGGGUGAUCCAGACCAGAGCAGCAGCGACAGCUGGAACAACAACGAUGCUGCAAUCUCGUUGGAUCACUCUGGGUCUUCAGAGGAUGAGGAUUGUGGGGGCAAAGAGAUGAUUUCCCAGAGUCAUGCUAUUUUCUCCAUCGUUCUCAGCCUGCCUGGUAUAAAAGCUGCUGUCAACUCCCAACUCACCUCAUGUGAGGAUCUGGAUGCAGCCUCAGAGAACGAUCCCCUCAGGGGAGAGGAGUAUAGUAGAGACAGCCUCUCAACCGCCACCAGUAACACCACUGCCGCCACUACUCCCGAUGGUGAAAUAAAUUCAGAAAAAAGUGCAUACCACCAGCGCUUCGGCUCACGCAAGAUUCAAUCGAUGCCUAUCAUCCAGUCCAACUCGAACCAAGGCUUGAAUGGUCCCCCAACAACUACUACCACUGCCACCGACAAUUCUACCACCAGCACCACCACUAAAUCCCCCUCUGGCCCAAUAUCCUUCAAAGAGGCAGCUAUGGCAAAGCGUUUUGCAACCCGUGCCCGGACUCAGAUCACUAAGAGGAAGCGCAUGUCCUUAGUGAAGGAGAAGAAGGCAGCUCAAACUCUCAGUGCCAUCCUCUUUGCAUUCAUCAUAACAUGGACACCUUACAACAUCAUGGUGCUGAUCAAUGCCUUUUGUAAAAAUUGCAUCCCAGAGACACUGUGGGCUGUUGGGUACUGGCUUUGCUACGUCAACAGCACAGUCAACCCCAUGUGCUACGCCCUGUGCAACAAGACUUUCCGUACAACCUUUAAGAUGAUACUAAUGUGCCAAUGGGACCAGAAAAAAAGGCGGAAGCAGCAGUUCCAGCAGAGGCAGUCGGUGGUCUUCCACAGAAGGAUUCCCAGGGAGUCAACGUAAAGGACUGGGAAGAGUAAGAUUUAACAUAGGAGAAGAAAAAGGAAGAAGCAUCCAUGUAGUUGUUUCUGUGGAGUAUCUUUGCUUAGAGAUCCUUAAUGUGUUUCUCUGCUGGUGUGUCCAGCACAGCAACCCCAUGUGGUGGUUUAUGAGGUAUGUGUUGGUGUUGGAGCAUCCUUUUAGCAAAGCUGUGUGCGUGAAGGAUUGUGUAUACAGUAGUGAGAUUCAGAUAUGAAAACUCUCUCUCUGUCCUUAAUGAACUCAACCGUUUGAAUGUGGGAACCAAUAGAAAAAAGGGCUUUAAAAUGCUUUGCAGGAGAAUCUUUGAAGUGCAAUUGACACAAGAGGAAAGGAUAUAUUUGUCACAGGGCUGGGUAUUCACAUUUAUUAUAUUGUCUCUAGAUAGAUCUGUAACGUGCAGAGUGGUUUUGCAUUAAAAACAAAACAUGGAAUCUGUUGUCACUGAAAGCCAAGACAAAAACUAGUGUUAGUGUUCACAUGCUUCUACAUCGUACUGAUUUGACCUGUCUCCUCUUGACUGGCAUGUGUUUUUAUCAGAAACUAUGUACAUUGCCUUUCUACAUGGAUAUAGCUUCCCUGUGUCUGAUGGAAUAUAAAAAAAAGUUCUUGAAUUGUGUCCUUACUUUCAGUCAACAGAGUUAUUUUUGUGAUAUUAAUUUUUGAGGUUUUCUAGAUAUUUCUGAGAUUUUGAGCCAGUCUGAAAAUUCUUCUUCUGAUGAAUUGAGUUGUGAAUAUGUGUGUGGCACCACGGUCAGUGAACUGCUGUAGUGUUCAAUGUGAUUGUUGUGGUUUUUAUGGUGGAGACAAUAAGUACAUUGGUUGUGUUUCAUGUACUUGCAGUUCUCUGUCCAGAGUAAUGAUUAUACAUUGAUGAUAUUCUGUUUGUGUAUAUUUGAAUAUUUCUGACUUGAUAUACAAUGAUUGAUUGCACACACAAAGAUGUCCAUUUAUAAUGAUGUGUGUUUUCAUGUUACACUAUCUUUUAGAUUUCUACAAAAUGAUACAGCUAUGGUACUUUUUGUAGAGGGCCACCACUCUUUGAUAUAGUAGAACAAGGGCAGCCUCUAGUGGCUUGAGAAAUAGCUGUAUUUCUGGCAGUCCCACUUCUAAAAUUGUACUUGCUUAGGCUUAUAAAUAUGAAAUUAAAUUUAGAUUUGAAGUUUUAAAAGUAUAUAUAUUUUGGAUCUUGAAAAAUAAGGUUUGCAAUCAUUGAAGUAUCCAUCGUUUAACUUUCUGUCAUAGCCGGAAUAUUUUAUGUUGCAUUUAAAAUGAUUUUUGGGUGAAGUUUUUCCUUAUUAUUAAGCAGCAAUUGAUUUGUAAAUAGAAUUGAUAGCUAUUUUGGUCAUCAAGUUUUUCCAUACACCAACGAGUCAGCAUGAAGAGGCCAAUGACUUCUUAAUGGGUAAAUAAGAAUUUGUUUUAAUUGUUUAUUUGUAUUGCACAUUAUCUUAUUCUUAUUUUAAGUAGAUGGUUUUUACAUUAUUUCCACACCCAGAUAUUGAAUAAAGUGCAAAAGGUAUUGAACGCAAAGGAUAACCUUAUUAUAACAACUGACAUACUGAAGAAUUGGAUAAUUUAAGUACAAUUGUAUUAAUAUGUGCUGAGUGCAAAGAGAUGUUAAAAAAUAUCCCAUGUGUGUAAUCGGGGGGGAAUUUCAUUUGCUUUUAACACAAUGUGCUCCAGUGUCAUGAUACCUUAUUCAGUAAAAUAUGAGAUUUUUGUACUUAAAUAUUGGGAAUGUAAACUACCAAAAUUGUGAACACAAACAUUUUGUUACAUUUCAAGUAUGCAAUCAUACUCAUAUUUUAAGUCAAUAAAUAAAACAAAAACC